CCACAGAAUUCUACACUAAGUCAAAGAUAGUUAUGUAGACUCUUUGACUAAGUGUAGAAUUCUGUGCUAGGCCUACAAACACAAGACCCUAAACUCAGCCUAAACUGGGAAAACUACUAUACUGUUAUAACACCUGAUAGUAGUAGGCUAAUAGGCUAGGCCUACUCGGAAGACGCAAUUGUCUCGGCUCUCGCUAGCCCGACCAGUGACCAGAGUGGAACAGAAUUAUAUCCGCCUCAAGGGGCUGCCUUUUUUUUUUACCAAAGCUAUUUUACUUCCUUGUUGAUCAAUUGGGGACGAAAAUACGAGAUACUAUCAUCAGACCUCGACUGACCUGUCCCCGAAACACAUCUCAACAAGAGCAAAGAAACUGCCAACUGAAGCAUUUCACCUCUGAAAAUGGAAAAGAAGAGCGCUACUUUGUUGUUUUCUUUGGCAGCGAUAUUUCUGACUGCCGUUGAAGUAUUGUCAAUUUCCCCUAAUGGGGUUCAGAAAAUGAAGAUUGUGGAUAUGAAAGUUGGGGAUAAAAAUGUUCCCAUCAUGGACAAUAAAGGGCAUGCCAGUAAUUGUGGCAAAGUUCCUUUCAACAUGACUUGGACUCCCAAAGUGCUCAAGUCUUCUGGAGAAGUUAAAGUGCAUUUAGAGUAUACAUCUCCUCACGACCUGUCAUCUGGUUUUGUCAAUGCCAGCGUGUUUUUCUACGGUGACUCUGAACCCUUUUUGGGGUAUUCUUCUGGUUUCACCUGUGAUAAGGUGAAAGAGUAUUUUCCUUGCCCUGUGAAAAAAGGAGAUCGUGUAAAUAAAACUGAGAUAAUAUCAAAUAUUCGGGCGAUUUCCAGUUACCUGGGUGAAUACGUCGCAGUUUUAAAGGUACAGAACCAAGACAGACAAGAAAUGGUUUGUGUCAACCUGACUGUUACUGUCUCAGAAUGAGGAAAGUUCCUGCCGUCUAUUUCUGGAAUUGUUUGGAAACAGCUGGACUCAUGUGCACAAAUUCAAGAGUUCAUGAAAAUAGCUACACUAUGUCUGGGAGGAGAGUGUGUGUGUGGGAAAUUGUGACAGCUAUUUUUCUGUUUGCUGUAUUUUGUUUGUCGUUUCUUCCAUUGUUUCUUAUUUUCAUAGUUCAUGUGAUUAUUUUAGAUAUACAGUAUAACACGGAUUGCUUGAAUUCGUCGGGACUGGUCUCAGUAGUUCAAGGGAUACAUGGACAGUGUUAUGGCAUCUGCUAUGUCAGAGAAUCAAGGGAAGCCACAAAGAUACUAUUGGGUCAGAGCAGAGAUUGUUCAUUUUUCGGCCAUUGUCCUAGAUCAGAUAGGUUAGAUCUAUCUAUGCCUAUUGACUUGAAUUUGAAAUUUGAGAGAAUCUGAAAUUGACAGAGAUUGAGAAUGAGAAACACGAUAAGCAAUGCUUUUGUGUUUGAUCGGUAAUGAGUCUACUACUACUGGUACCAAGACAGUUUAAUUGGGCGGGUCAGUGUGAGCGGAUUGUGUGAUGCCCAACCCCUCCUCUCGCCCUCUCCACACAAGCCUAGCUAGGCUUACGACCUAUACAUAACGUUCUUACUCUGAGCGUCUAGCCUAGGACUUAGGCACUCGCAGAGGGCACACGUGUAAGCGCAUUAAAAAUAGCACAACUGGCUGCUUUUGUGGAGGUGGGAGGGAGAUGGUUAUUUUACCGACCUUGCCUUUUUCCCUGUUUAAAAAUUAUUAUCAGUGCACCUCAAAGGACACUGACUUUAGACCCCUACGCCGGCGAAAUUAGUUAGACUAUUCCGUGUUUGUGUUCGAGCUUCGCGUAAUUUUCUUACAGAGAUAAAGAAGAAAAAAAAAGGGAACACAGUUCGACGCAUGUGUGAUUUCAAGUAAUCCGUGUACGACCUAUCCGGGUUAUAGUGUAGUUUGCAUUUCUUGUUUUGCCAUUGGAGUGUUGAGUCUUCCUUCUAUACCAUUUUAAAAUGCAAUGCAGUUUUUUUUAAAUUCGCUUUUUUCUGUUCAAGGGAAGACAUUUAUGUCCCUAUGCUGUGGCUACCAAAUAAGACCAAAAAAUACAUUAUUGAAUAGGGUGAUGAGACUUUUACUUCUGAUAAACAUUCUUCUUUGUUUUUCGUUCAGAACCCAUAGUUACUUGUCCGCCCAUGUCAGCCUUUAGAGUACUCUGUAUGUAGCUGACUGUCGCGGGAGCGAAAAACUUUUCAUGUCUCCAUAGAAAAUGUAUUACCUUCCUUCCCAAAUGUUCAGUAAAAAAACAACCUUAAAUUCAUUUUUUGCCUGAUUAGGCUUGUUCAAAUUAUUUGAUUGAUCAUGGCUUCGAAUUAUUUCUCUCUUGUUUUUGGUGAUUUCUUGGGCUGACAUCAGACUUUAGUGAACUGCUCUGAGGGUGGUUUAUUUUUCUUGCUGUGUCAAAAGAAAAAUCUUUCACCUUUCUUAUGUUUUCAUUGGUUUUUCUUUUUCUUUUGUUCUCCCAACUUUGUUGGGUUUUUUUAGUAGGCUUAUGUGGGGUUUUUCCUUACACUCACCAUGAUUUUGUUUAUCUGGCUUAUACUUCUCUCUUUCUCUCAGCAUAUUUUCCUGUUUAACUUUUGUUUCAUAUCAUCAUCAUCAUCAUCAUAAUCAUCAUCAUCAUUGCCUUUCUCACUCUAGGUCAGGGUCAAGGCCAUGAAUAAACUCUUUCCACUUUUCCCUAUCCUGGGCUAACCUUUUCAUGUUAUUCUAUGUCUUCCCACUUUUUUUCCCGUCAAUUUCUGUGACUCUUCUCCAGGUUCCACGUGGUCAUCCCCUUGAUCUUUUACAAUGCGGAUUCCAGUCCAACAUUUUCCAUGUUAUGCAGCUGCUUAACUUCCUGAUAGUAUGUCCAAUCCAUUGCCACUGCAUUCUUCCCACCUCCUCUCUGACUUGGCUCUGUCUUUUUUUUCCUUUGAAGACUGCCUUGAUGGAUUUUAUGUCAGAGUAGAUCUAAUUUGUCUGCUCUACAGCCCAAUUAUUGGUCACUGCUUAAUUUGUGACAGAUUUUGUUGUCUUUGUAAUAGUGAGUAAUUUCAAUGCUGACAUUAUAUUGAUGAGAGGAAAUAAUUCAUCUUUGUGUCAUGCUAGCUUCUCCAUUAAAAUUUUUUUUUUUUUUGAUCAGCAGCUUGAAAGCACCAUUUUCAGCUGAAGUACAAGGAUUAUUGUUUUGAACUGGAUACAGUUUUUCUCUCAAGAUGUGUUUUAAAGGCUGUGUGAGAUGGUAUGACUAGGAUUUGAGGAUCUGGCCAUUACAGAAAGAAAUAAUUUUAGGAAGCUGAAUAUACUUGAGCUUAAAGUUCAAGUUAACAAGUCUGGGUAAUUCGAUCCUGUCUUUUCCUGAUUCAGAUUAUGCUUGGCAUGUUUGGCUAUGGGAAAGGCUUAACCUGAUUUUCUUACCUUGUUGCAUUUCACAGUAUGGUCUUGGGCUGCCAUGGGAGAUUUUGGCAUGUUUGAAAAUGAAAGACAAGACUCACAAUAUUGAAAGAUAGAAGUUGUUGAUAUAGGAGUGGGAGAUCUUUAAUACUGUCUUAUGCUCAUUGUUGUAUAUUCUUCUUGAGAACAGUCAAGCACACCAACAACAUUAAACAUUAAUAAAUAAGGAACUUCUCGGUUUGUGUUCCAGGGUUUAAUAAGACUUAAAACGUAACAUGAUUGUGGCUUGUGUUGCCGUUGACAUCUCUUUGUUCUGUGUGUCCUUUUUUUCCUUUUUCCUUGCUCUCUACGAUACCGGUACUAAUGAUUACAGAACUCGUUAUGCAACACUGAAAGUGGGUACUUAUAAUGUUACAUCGCGAUUACUUUCCGUUACAACAUUCCUCCCUUUCUUAAAAUUUUGAAUCAUUUCAAAAACAGUUACAUGCACUUUAACCUAUCAUGGACAUUCAUAAUUGGUCAUUCUAGCCUUACUGGUUCUGUAACAAUAAUACCUUAGUUGAUGGAAACUUUUCAUUCCAAUUCCAUUAAUACUGACUUCUUAAGAUCUGUGAUAGGCUUUACUAAACUUAACUUUGUUUCACUGACUGAAAACAAUAGUACGGUAAUAUUAUGUGCACAUUAUGAUGCAAGGGAAUUAAUCACUUAUAACUUGUAACACAAUUAGUCCCUUCAGAGUUGAGUCCCUCGGUAUAAUUUGUUUCAUGUCUCUAACUCUAAUACUAAAUAGCACAUCUGAAAUUAAUUCACUGAGAACGUUUAUCCUUAACACAGCCCAUUCACUUUUAUGUAGAGAGUUACAAGUCCAUUCUUUCACUGAGAAUGUUUUUGAUUUUAACAGUCCAUUCACUUUAGUGUAGAGAGUUAUAAGUCCUUUCUUUGAGCUGGUCUUCUGACACGUUUUGGGUAACGUCUUAGUGGUGACCGUUGUGGUGACGCUUGUCCUUGAGUGGUGUCUUGGAUUGUGUCAGGGUUAACAAUUGAUGGUCAUUGGUUCUUCAUCCUGACCCAUUGGUAACAUUGGGACGGUAGGUAGCGGAGACUGUAAUUCGUUGAUAUCUGCAGUUGAGUCUGGAGCAGACUGCAGCUGGUUGAUACGACAGUGUCGCACCGUUCCACCUACAUGAACAGAGUAACUAUGGGUUCCCAGUCUCUGUAAGACCACUCCAUUUGCCCAUCUAUUUACACCUGGCCGGUGGUUUCUGACCUUGACAGAGUCAACAGGCUGAAAUUCAUGGAGGAUUUUGCCUUGGGCCUGAGCUUCUUGCUUGUGGCGCAUGUUAGACACGAGAUCAGGCUUCAUCAGGUCCAACCGGAUUCUUAUCUUUCUCUUGAAUAAGAGUUCUGCUGGACUUUUGCCAGUCAUCAUGGGAGGCGUUGUUUUGAGUUUUAACAGGAUUUUGGACAAUCUUUGCGGUCCACUUUGUCCUGGACUCGAUGAUUUUAUGAGUCUCUUAAAUGAUUGAACAAGUCUCUCUGCAGAUCCGUUUGUUGAAGGCAUGUAAGGCUGUGAUGUUAUGUGCUGGAGACCAUUUUUCUGAAGAAAUUCUUCAAAUUCAUUUGACGGAAAUGGUGGGCCAUUAUCACUGACAAAUGUGACAGGCAAUCCAUGAAUUGCAAAGAUCUGUCUGAGCACAUCAUUUGUUCUCUGUGCUGUCGUUGUUGUCGUCGGUACUACUUCAUGCCAUUUUGAGUAAGAUCAAUUAGCACGAGAUAUUUCUGACCCUCGUGCUCCGCAAAAUCCACAAGAACCCGUUCCCAUGGUUUUGACGGAAAUGUCCAUGUGAAUACCGGAGCGGCGCUGGCAUGUUCUUCCCUUCUGCACAUCUGUGACAGUCCUUGACCAUCUUCUCAAUGUCCAGAUCUAUCUUUGGCCAAUAUACAUAUGAACGAGCCAUUGCUUUGGUCUUGUUCAUUCUGAUAUGUCCUUCAUGUAGUUCAUAUAGGAUUCUAUUUCGAAACUUCUGAGGUAUGACCACUCUCAGGCCCCACUGAAGAACUCCUGCCUCUGUGGUAAUAUCCUCCCUUCUUUGAAAGAAUGGCGUGAGAUUGUCAUCCUCCAUGCAAUUUGGCCACCCAGUCAGUGUAUAUUGCAGCUCCUUUGACAAUACUGCAUCUUUUCUGGUUUCUUCUGCAAUGUCAGCUGCAGAGAUAGGCAUGUCAUAUGAUGUAAGAAAAAUAGACUAAUUUGUCCUUUUAAUUCUCUGACUCUGUCCCUUUUGUGGCAGUCUUGACAGCAUGUCUGCAUUGCAGUGAUCUUGACUUCUCCUGUACUGGAUUUCGUACUGGUAACUGGUGAGUUCCAAUUACCAUAUUUGGAUCCUGGCAACAGCCAUAACAGGUAGGUUUAUCUUUGGUCCAGAAAUCUUUAGAAGAGGCCUAUGAUCAGUGAUCAGCGUGAAGGAUCUUCCGUAGAGGAACAUGUAUUGGUGAAACUUGUGGAUUCCAAACAUGAUUCCUAGUGCCUCCUUUUCAAUCUGGGCAUAAUUUGUUUCUGUCUUUGUGAGUGUCUGCGAAGCAAAGGCGAUUGGCCUUUCUUUUCCACUUGGCAUUUUUUCAGUGCAGUUAUUCAUCCAAUAUUGUUGUAUUAACUUGGCAUUUACUAGUCUUUGUGGAGCAGAUUUUGCACUGGCACUGGGUUUUCAAAGCAAUACAUUUUAUGCUUGAGUGUAGCAGUUGUUGUUUAAUAAAGCUCUCAGGCACUGGAACUUUCCCAGACACACCCACCCAACUGACCACUUGAAAAAAUAAUACAGCAGCUGACAGAAUGGAGGAUUUUGUGAUCUGAAACCAGCGUACUGAACAUUUUACCAAACAGACGUGCUGGACAUAGAGUUUAUGGGACAUGUUGUGUUCAAAUGUGUUAUCAAAAAGAGUAUUAAGUUAUAUUUCUCUAAAUCUGAUAGAUCAAACAUCACGAGUUCUGCCUACCAGUUCUCAAACUAACGGUUGGAACUACUUCCUGCUAUGAAGAAAUCAAACAUCACGAAUUCUGCCAUACUAAUUCUCAAACUGACAGUCUUCAGGAACUGCUUCCUGCUUGGGGAAAAACAUAUAUUCCAGCUUUUUAAAAUGAAAUUUUUAUGAAAGACUUUGUAUUUUCAUGUAUAUAACUUGCUUGUCCACUGUGCCUUAGUCUUGAUGAUGUACCAAUAAGGUUAUUGUAAAUAAAGAGUCGUGUGGUG